CUGGUCCCUGCAUGUGUACGGUAGACCCUAGGAGGUGGAGAUGGUGAGAUAACGGUAGGUUAACGGAUGAACUUUGGCAUUUACCAGCGCGCUGAGUCUCGUCCUAUCAAUGUUAUUGAGACGAGGCUUGUCCGAAGCAGCAGGCCUGGCCUCAUGGCCUAUUUUGAGACAGAACCGGCUGUGAAUGUCAGGUAUCACCUAUUAAUGGAUAUUCUGACCACCUGCGCGGUGUGGCGUUUCACGUGGUUGCUGCAGGAUGACACCCAUUCGCUGAGCUGUGUUCCUCUGGCAACGCUCGAAUGAAGGCCGCAGAGCCAGCCAGCCAUCGUUUCACGAAGGUGGUUGUCAACGUUUUUAUUUCAUGGCUCCCUAACCCUCAUCACUCACUACCUACGCAAGUGAGUUUUUGUUGUUUGUAGCGCGUCUGUCAAUUCAUCAAUUUCAUCAACUGCCGGACGAUGCAGUUCUCAUCCUUGGCUAUGGGUUUCGCAGCCCUCCAGGGCACCUUUGCGUGGGGUGGAUUCGGGCACAUCACCAUCGCAUUCAUCGCCAGCGACUUUGUCUCCAACCAGACGGCCGAGUACCUGCACUCGCUCCUGGGCAACGACACGGCCGAGUACCUCGCAGGGGUGGCGACGUGGGCGGACUCGGUCCGCUACACCAAAUGGGGCCGCUUCACGGCGCCCUUCCACUUCAUUGACGCCAAGGACGACCCGCCGCGCUCGUGUGGCAUCGACCUCGCCCGCGAUUGCAAGGCCGAGGGCUGCGUCGUCACGGCGCUGGCCAACUACACGGCGCGCCUCGCGGACCCGGCGCUACCGGCAUACGAGCGCCGCAUCGCCGCAAAGUUCGUCGUGCACCUCGUCGGCGACGCCCACCAGCCCCUGCACGACGAAGACGUCGCCCGCGGCGGCAACGGCAUCCGCGUCCGCUUCGACGGCGCCGACCUGAACCUCCACCACGUCUGGGACACCAGCAUCCCCGAGAAGAUGGUCGGCGGCGUGCGCAGGCGGCCCUACGCCGAGGCCCGCCGCUGGGCCGACGAGCUGGGUCGGGGCAUCGUGGACGGCAAGUUCAAGGCCGCCAGGGACGGUUGGUUGGUCGGCAUGGACCUGGCGAAGAUGGAGGACACGGCUCUGGCCUGGGUGAGGCAGGGGAAUGCCUACGUCUGUUCGACCGUCUUCCCAGACGGCCCCGAUGCCAUCGCCGGCCAAGAGCUUGGUUCGGAUUACUACGAAAAAGCCGCUCCGGUUGUGGAAGUCCAGGUAGCCAGGGCGGGUUACCGCUUGGCAGCCCUGCUAGACUUGAUUGUCUCCCGUAUCGUGAACCUGGAGUCAGGAGCCAACGAUGACCUAUAGAACGCAGGUGACUGUGCUCCAAAGAAACGGCCCCGAGUCUGAUUUAUUUAGAGCCGUAUCCUUCGGGGAUUGGUGUCGCAAGUGGUUCUGUAUGUACAAUAGAGCUGCUAUGUUGAACUCAGACCUGGACCUACCAUAGUGCCAUCACGGCCAUGUCCAUGAAGAGGACAGAGGAUUCCCUUAUAGUUGCAGUUUGCCAUGUUUUCCCUAACGUGAUC